AUGACGCAGGAUAGAUCCGAACAACAGGGCUCAUUGGAAGUUCAAGAGGUGCCCAGCGAGCAUGGCAGCCUCGUCGAGAAGAAUGGAACAAUCGGUGACCAGCGUGACAUGCUGCGCAUGGGCAAAACCCAAGAACUAAGGAGGAAUUUCCGCUUUGUGACUAUCUUCGGAUUCACAAUGGUUUUAAUGGCAACAUGGGAGGCGCAAUUGAGCGCAAAUGGGUUCGGCCUCGUCAAUGGAGGAACCGCAGGUCUGAUAUGGGCUCCCACUACCGGCGGUCAAUAUCAUUGGGUCAGCGAGUUUGCGCCGCCUUCAGGCCAGAAGUUUCUGUCCUAUAUUGUUGGCUGGCUCUGCGUUUUAGGCUGGCAAGUCGGCAAUACUGCCGUUGCCUUUUUGAAUUCACAGCAGAUCCAAGGUCUCAUCAUCCUGAACAAUCCCGACUAUGUCCCGAAACGAUGGCAUCUUACCUUGCUUGUCAUUGGCGUCAUCACCUUCUGCCAAGUUUUCAACACGUUUCUGGCUAGCAAGUUGCCACUCGUCGAGGGAAUCGUUCUGAUUCUGCACUUUGCGGGCUUCUUCGCUAUCCUGAUCCCCCUCUGGGUGUGUGGAGAGAGGAGCGACGCGAAGGAAGUCUUCACUACCUUCACGGAUGGCGGCGGCUGGGGUAACAUCGGCCUAUCCUGCCUCGUCGGCAUGCUCUCCCCCAUCUUCUCCCUCAUAGGCCCCGAUUCCGCAACCCACAUGUCCGAGGAACUACGCGACGCGUCCAAAUCCCUUCCUCGAGCCAUGAUAGCAACCGUCCUCGUCAACGGGGCCAUGGGCUUCGUCAUGCUCUGCACAUUCUGCCUGAUGAUUGGCAACAACGUGGAAGAAAUCCUCGCGACGCCUACGAAACAGCCGUUCAUCCAGGUCUUCUAUAAUGUGACGCAGAGCAAAGCAGGGACUAAUGCAAUGACGGCGAUUCUGAUUGUCCUGGCGAUGUUUGGCUGCGUCACUAAUAUUGCGACGAGUUCGCGCCAGAUUUGGGCUUUUGCGAGGGAUAACGGAUUACCGUUUUCCAAGUGGCUUGCGCAUGUCCGUCCCGGUUGGGAUAUCCCUUUAAACUCCGUCAUGAUCUCCUAUGCAGUUGCAAUCCUCCUAUCCCUAAUCAACAUCGGAUCCACCGUCGCUUUCAACAUCGUCACCUCGCUCGGCACCGGCGCACUUCUCUGCUCUUACAUCGUUUCCAUAUCCUGCGUAACUCUGAAGCGCUUACGUGGCGAAAAGCUUCUCCCAUCGCACUUCUCACUCGGGCGUUUUGGUCUCCCUAUUAACAUCUUCUCGAUCCUGUUUCUCUCGCUGGCGUUCGUUAUGAUAUUCUUUCCUACAGUGCCGCAUCCAUCUCCCGCGGCAAUGAAUUGGAAUGUACUAGUUUUUGGAGUGGUGCUGGUGUUUUCCAUUUUCUAUUUCUUAGUGAGAGGGAGAUACAGGUACGAUGGGCCCGUGGCAUACGUGAAGAAGAGCUAG